AUGAUAGCGCAUAUGGACUUGUAUCACAGAAACUGUGAAUGGCAACUCCUUGACAUCCCGGAGAGUUUCAAAGAAGUUCCUGGAUAUCAGAUGUGGAAGGACCACUAUCGUAACGUUCGUGUCAACUUGUAUCCGUAUUCUACUCUACAGUCGUUUGAUUGGAUCAAGCAAUAUCUUAUUGCCGCGAGCAAAGACGCGAGAAAUGCGGAAGACGUCAAACGCUAUCGGACUAGAGCCUUCGGAUCUCGUGAGAAAACUAUUCCAUCAAGGGGAAGCGCUUUCAAGCUUAUCAAAGUCAAGAGAAAUUUCAACUCCAAGCUGAGAAUCGAACACAACCAUAUGUGGACACGGCCUCCACAUCGCCUGCUCACAUGGUUCAACGGAGCAAUCAAACUAGAGCAAGAUCCCGAUGGAACAAACAAUUACCAAGAACAAAUUAAAAACUGGCUUUCCCAACAUACUCUCAACUCUGGAAACUUGGUUGCAAGCGCUGAAGAGCUCGCGAAGGAUCUCGAAGCUUUUCGAUCGCUUGUGUUCAUGCGCAUUGGGAAAUGGAAUCCUGUAGCUGAUGAGUUCAUGCUGACAGCUUGCCGCUAUUUGAGAUUCAAUUGCAACGGAUGCCCUAUUGAAAAACUGUUCAACCAGGUUGCUCCAAACAGUCCCUUACAGUCUACUGUUCUGCAGCCAGAUGAUCUCGAGAAGGGAACGGUGAUUCAAGUGGAGAUGUUGAGAAACGUGUUGAUGGUUGAUUACACCAUUUACUAUGUUGUUGUGAAACACAUGCGCGAUUUGGAGGAUUACUUUGUGCAAGAGAUCCGAAACGCUCCAUCGCAACAAGAUAUUGCAAAAUUUUUUGCAAGCGUUGAAGAUAACUAG